AUGCAGAGCCAAACAUGGGGGGGCAGCUCUCUGCCAUUCCUGGCCGUUGGUCGGGUCAAGGAUAGUGUGACUCUGGCAUACUACAUCGAUCCAGAGAGUGUUGAGCAGCAGGAGCAGACCCAGGAAGUCUUCCAGAAGCUUCUCAAGGCUUCGUCGCAGAAACUUGCUGCUGGGCAGAGAACUAGACUGCAGUGGAACAAUGGCAGUGUUUGCUGCCUCAUGGACGAGCAGGCUAGACUUCUGUACUGCGUUGUCACAUCGCUGUUGACAUACCCUGAGCGGCAAGCUUAUCAGCUCCUGUAUGAUUUCCGUGGGUUUGUCGAGAGAGACGACGCCAACCUGGAUGAAGCUGAGAAGCACGCGUUGAAUGAUAAGUUGGCAGACCAGAUGAGGGAUCUGGUCAAAAAGUACGAGGCGUACCAGGACAUUAACAAGUUGUCCUCAAGCCACUCAGCCGCCGCCGUGGAUACCUCUUCGGCGCCUUUGCAUCACCAGGAUGCAAGGGAGCUCCGACAAGCGGAAAGCAAGAAGUGGAUUUUCAUCGCAUUGUUGGUCGUGGUGAUUGUGCUAUUCUUGAUGUGGCUAUUUGGGUUCUUUGGGAAGGCAGCAGACAGUCAGCAACCACCACCGCCACAAGAACCUCAACCAGCUGGACCUGCUCUACGUGCAAUACUGAUGUGA